GACCGUUUCUACGCAUAGUCAGUCUGGAUUACAUAUGCGCAGCCCAUGGAGUCUGUCUAGGAACAAAAUUUCCCCCUCGAUGCGCCCGAUUUCUCCUCGAUUACAACACAGCUCCACCUUCACCUCUCACAAUGUCUGACCUGUACCUAUCACACCUUCAAAACUGGCUAUUGAGCUCGCCACCAGCAGAAUGGAUCCUCAAACAAACUCAUGAGCUCCUCAUUGGGGCCCUUAGACAGGGUCCCAUACCUCAACACAUCGCCUUUGUUAUGGACGGCAACAGACGGUAUGCCAGAGGCCACAAAAUUGAGACACUGGAAGGACACCAUCUUGGUUUUGAGGCUAUGGCCAGGGUGCUCGAGGUCUGCUACAAGUGUGGUGUGAAGGCUGUCACAGUCUAUGCUUUCAGCCUGGAGAAUUUCAACAGGCCCAAGGCAGAGGUUGAUGGACUGAUGCUCCUGGCCAAGACCAAGCUGGCACAGCUUGUCCAGCAUGGCGAGCUCAUGGAGAGAUAUGACGCCAGGAUCAAGAUCUGUGGAAAGCAAGAGUUAAUCCCUGACGAUGUCAUGGAGAUCAUGAACAAGGCUGUGGAAGCCACCAGCAAGAACACAGGGCCUGUGUUGAACCUGUGUUUUCCCUAUGGAUCCAGAGAAGAGAUGACCCAGGCAGUCAGGGCAACGAUCAAUGAAUACAUGGCACCACCUCCACCAAAGGCCUCACCCUUUUCUCAAACUCGCAUAACGAAGAGUAUUAAGUCAAGAAGUCUGGGCCAGUCGGAUUUGCCAUCCAUCGACGAGACACCGUCUCUGCCGCCAUCACCAGCCCUCGACGGGGUGGACGGUUCAGAUUCGUCAUCAGCUACCCUCAAUCAGUCUGACUCCCCUUCGACACGCGGCUUGUCGCACAUGACCAGAUUGCCCGAUCCCGAAACCAUCACCACAGAAAUGCUGACGAAUCAUAUGUAUACGGCCGGAGAUCCGCCCCUGGACAUCUUCGUACGGACCAGCGGGGUGGAGAGACUGAGCGACUUCAUGCUAUGGCAGUGCCAUCAGGAUACUCAGUUCUUCUUCCUCAAGUGCAUGUGGCCCGAGCUUGAUCUUUGGCGGUUCCUCCCGGUCCUGAUCGAGUGGCAAUGGAGACAGAAGCAGAAGGACAUGGAGGAGAAACCUCGGCAAGGCAACAAGCAGCGGUGA